CUGCUACCACGCGGCUUCUUUUUGCGAUCGACCACAGCGCCCCGCAGAUAUAUUCUCAUUCCCCCGUCCGUCUCUUUUCCUAAAUCCCUCUUCAGUUUCCUUCCUAUCGAAGAUCCAAACCCACUUCCGCGAUUUCUGAUCACGAUCGCCGGACGGACCAUGUCGAUGCUCGACGCCUUCUUCAGCAACAAGGGAUUCAAAGCUGCCAAAUGUAAAACUCUGCUGAAGCUGACGAUACCACGGAUUAAGCUGCUGAGGAACAGAAGAGAGAUUCAGAUUAGGCAAAUGCGUCGUGAUAUUGCUAAGCUUCUCGAGAAUGGCCAGGAAGCUACUGCUCGUAUUCGGGUUGAGCAUAUAAUCAGAGAAGAGAACAUGAUGGCGGCUCAAGAGGUCUUGGAGCUCUUCUGCGAACUGAUUGCUGUUCGUCUACCCAUCAUUGAAGCACAAAGGGAAUGUCCUCUAGAUUUGAAAGAAGCAAUCUCCACUGUCUGCUUUGCUGCACCUAGAUGUGCCGACCUGCCAGAAUUGCUGCAGGCUCAAAUGCUGUUUGCGUCCAAAUAUGGAAAAGAUUUUGUAACUGCUGCAACUGAACUCAUGCCAGAUUGUGGGGUUAAUCGCCAGAUAGUAGAGCUCCUAUCUGUUCGUGCGCCUUCAGUGGACAAAAAACUGAAGCUUCUUAAGGAAAUUGCUGAAGAACACGAGCUAGUCUGGGACCCAGCUGGGUCGGAAGCUGAACUAUCAAAGCCGCACGAAGAUUUGCUGAAUGGCCCUGCACAGUUUGUUAGCGAGUCUAAGCUGCCUCCUCCGGACGAGAAGCAUGACGAAGCAUUGAGUUCUAAUUCCGUGGGUGCUACAUAUGAACAACCUGACACUGACUCCAGUGCUGAUGAGCUAGAUUUCCCUGAAGUCCCCAAGGUCGUAUUAAGGCCUAAUGCAGCUCCUGCUGCCUCCGCACCAGAUAUGACCCUACCUACAGAACCCACUCUACAUACAGAAUCCAUGGAUCGGGAUAUGUCUUCAGACAGUCUGCUACAUGGCUCUCAUUCCAAACAUGAACUCAUAUUCGAAGAACUGCCAAAGGAGUCCAAGAAUCAAUUUCUCGAUUACUCAGAGGAUGCUUCCCAGGAGAAACAGUUUUUGCCUUUCAUCACACCUCCACAGACAUCAUAUGCAAGUGCACCUGCAAGACAGUAUAGUUCUCCACCGUCCACCUCAAACCCCAAGAAUAUGUCCGACAUCGAUCUGCACGAUAUCUUAGUUUCAGCGCAGGCAGCUGCAGAUUCCGCUGAGCGAGCAGCAGCAGCAGCCCGCUCAGCUGCAACGAUUGCACAGGCAAAGAUCAAGGAGCUAGCCAAGGUCAACAGCGACAAGUCACUUGAUCUUGAAUCUGAUAAUCCGUUCAACACUGAGCUUCAUGAUCAGUCUGCUGCUUUGGGAAACCUAAACCUCGAUCAUCAACGCUCUUCUCUCGAUCUCAAUGGUGCGGUGUUUGAUUCUCCCAGGGAUCACAGAGAUUCGCCUGGUCCUCAGCUGCAGCGAAUCACGUCUAUCGACGAGGACCCUUACUUCUCAUACCCUAACUUGUUUGGGAACCACAGCUCGAGUCAUGGAUCACCAUCUGCCCAAUUUGUUUCGGACAGCUCGAGAUCGCCACAUUAACUCGUUCUGAGCUCUCCGAGGUAUUUGAGGAUACAGUUGUGUCUUGCUGGUUUAGCUAUUUCACCUGCAGUAGUACAUCUGUGAUUAUGCGGCUGUAGUUCUCUCCUCCCCUUUUCGCCUGUAAAGCAGUCCCACAGCUCAAAGAAUCUCGUAUCAUCUGCUUUUAUGAUGAGUAUAGCUUUUGUUGAACUCCAGAACUCAGUUGUUGACACAACUAUCAUGGCGUUUGUUUUAUUUGUUUGAGCGGGAUUUGGGUUGGUUAGGGUAAGGUUAUAGGGAUUUGUACAGAAGUUGGUUGCUUGUGUCAGCUUGUUGCCUCCUGUUAAAAACGUCUCCAAUAAACCUCAUCCAUUUUUCCAGCUGUUUUAUAGCAGAAGCUGGCAUGUUCUAGUUUGAUACAAAAUCGAAUAUUAUGAUAAUUACCGAAUUAGAAAUAUAUGGAAAAUGAGGAUUAAAAUCGGAU